AUGGUUGCUGUUAAAGAGAACCCCUUAUCGGACCCGGUGAUUGACCCGGCACCUGAAAACCAGCAUGUCAAGCAUGUUCUCACAGCAGAGUUCGACAUUAAUUCCGGGCCUACGGUUAAACAUCAGUAUCCUAAUUCAAUCCAAAGCGAUCAGACACUGAUUGCUGAGCUUAUGCUUCCUGAUCAGUCCCAUGCUCGAACAGAGGACUGGACAGUAUUCUUUCUUUAUCACGAAGAGCGAAAUCCAAACUUAGUCUAUCACAUUGAAAGCGAGACGCGAAAGCAAGCAGCCACCAAGUAUUAUGUCUUGAACCUUGUCAAUACCAAAUUUACAAAGGAUGUUAAACGCGGUGCCAUUGUUAAGGCCAUGUGUAUCAUCACCCCACAUCCGUUCUUUCAUGUAUUCAAGCCGCUAUUGCUUCUUUCUCUGGAUGAGUACUUUAAGUCUCCUUCUAUAGACUCGUUAAAAAAGUUAUACAACUCUAUCAAUUCGAUUGACCUUUCUCAGAUACCAAAAUUUUCUUUUUUUGAGCGACAAAUUCUUUCAUCUUCAAGCAAUCCGGAUAUGUUCAUUGAAAAGUUUCAAGAACGACAGACAAUAAACUCUCACUUUACUCCAUCUCCAACUUCUCCAACUUCUCUUUCAUCAGUUUCUUCUGCACCCAAUAACCACAUCAACUUUAGCUCAGCCUUUUCUCCGGCAACAACCCCACCACUUAGUAACACCCUUAUUGGGAACCAUAGCAGCAUUGACUUGGUGUCAUCUGGAUACAAUAAGUCCUCUAAUGGAGAUAAGCCAUUAUAUUAUCUUGACCUCAAGAGCAAUGGUCAACGACUAGUGGCAAGAAACGUAACCCGAGAUACCCAUUUUUACGAGUCGCGAGUACAGUUUAACGAUAUGAAAAUACCCAUCAAAGUACCAACAGACUUCCACCCUGAAUCUGUGGGAGACUUUUCUUUAAUUAAUUUAAUACACACUUUACUUUCUAUCAAUCAGCCAUUCAACACAUUACAUCCGGAACUGACCAUUUAUGGCGCUUUCACACCACCAUUAUUAGUUUUAAUUAACAGUUUACUUACACAGAAGCGAAUUUUGUUUGUGGGACUCAAUAAUCCUUCUGGAGAAGUUUCAGAUAGAGUUUUGGCGGCAUGUUCUCUCGCUUCUGGGGGGAUUCUCCGCUCUUUUACUACACAUGCAUUUCCUUAUACAGACCUUAGUAAAGUGGAUGACCUGCUCUCGUCACCUGGUUACGUUGCGGGCGUCAAAAACCCGGCAUUCGGACACCACCCGGAAUGGUGGGACAUUUUAAUAGACUUGGAAAACAAUCAAAUGAAGAUUUCUCCAGCAAUUGGAAUACCAGGGCCCCCAAUUUCGGUCAAAUCUGUGAGCAGUAAUUUAGGGGGUAGUGGUAGUAGUGUUGAUAAAGACAAGAACAAUGCGUAUUACCAACAGACAAUUGCGGCAAUAACCAACCAAGAUGACUUGCAGCUGAUGAAAGACUUGAAAAAUAUGGUUGAAGAUCAUUUUGCAGAGUCGUCAGUGCGGAACCGAUGCAGAGAAUAUAUAAAGCGGUUUGUACGGAUAGCGUCAAAUUAUGAAGAAGAUAAGUUCGGCAAGACAGCACUUUGGCCAUCCGAUUCAACCGCUGAAUAUGAUGUUGUUCCUGGUUAUGGGUAUUGCUGGACCAGUGAGACGCAAAAGUUUCAAGAUUUCCAGUGCUAUGCACCUGUAAUUGAAGGGUGGAGAGAGUCACGGAGCUAUAAGUAUUUUUUCCAGGACUUGAAGAAGGUUUGGCAACAGCGGCCGAAAAAGUUGAUUGACUUUGAAUUUCAUUUGGAUAGACUGCAGACGCAAAACUUUUCAAUUGAAGAAGCUGGGUUGAUUUAUACCACACUUGCGGACAAUGUUCAAGACGACGAAGACAUCAUUCGGUUUCUUGCGUCUAUUGGGACACGGAACUUGUAUUUUAUCGGAUAUGGGUUGUUCCACCCGAUAUCAAUUGUGCAAGAAACUGUGAUUAGAUUUCUGCACCGAAUACAAGGGCAUCCGGUUGGUCGUCACUUCUUUAAUUCUUUGAGUCCAAUCUACAAAAUCACGUACAGCCGCAUGUUAGCAGGAAUUUUGAGCAACCCCAAGAUGAAGGAGGUUGAAGAUGGUCUGCCGCAUCGGGAAGAGCACGGGUUCCAAACAAGUUACAGUGGCUCUGAAUCUCCAGAAAAUGAAGAUCUUCCGGUUAAACGCACUGACGGGAUGAAGCGUGAAAAAAGCAAUGCACUUGUCAAUGGAGCAGAAUAG